AUGGCGCUGUCUAAGCGUCCGCUUAGCAAGGAGACGCCCUUGAACAACAACAACAACAACAAUGAGCAUGAGACGGCAAUAAAACGACGCAAACGUUGCAGUCGCGAUGAUGAAAUUACUAUCAGCAACAACAACAAUAAUACUAGCAAUAACAACAACAACAACAUUAGCAACAACAACAACAACAACAUUAACACACUGCCACAGAAGAAACGGCAAUUGGGCUUAAAUCUAUUGCCCAAAAACACAGCAGCAACACUUGGCGACAGCGCCAACACAACAGUUGCUGGCGUGCAACAACAGGAUGCUGCCGAACAGGAUGAUGAAACGUUAAUCAGAGAAACGCAAGCGGCUUUAAAAAGUCUCUCUGGCAGCUGGCCAGAUGCGCGUACAAAUCUAUAUCGUUUGCAGGAGCAAGAGGAUGAAAAUCCGCCGCCAUUUCAGAAUUUAUUUGAGGCAGCAACAGCAACAACAGUCGCUGACAAUGAGCACGGCAGCAAUACAACAUUGCUGCUGCGUUUUCAUCGACAAAAGGAGAACGAGCAGGCGCGUCAGCAACAACAACAGCAGCAGCAACAACAGCAACAGCAGCAACAGCAGCAGCAACAGCAACAACAUAAAAAGGAUGCUGCUGCUGCUGUUGCGUAUGCACAGGCAACAUCCGCCUUCAAGCCACCCAUUGAUAUUAUCAAGCGCAAUGGACAAUUGGCCGCUGCUGCUGCCGCCGCCCACGCCCACUAUACAAGCAGCGCCUACAAUGCUGCCGAGGCGUAUUACGGCUAUGUUGCUAGUCAGCAACAGCAGCAACAUGGCCUCUGUUUGGAGGCGCCGCAAAGUCGCAGCUUUGAUAUUGCCACACAGCUGAGCUCGCCCACCGAACGUUGCAUUAAAGGCACUGCCACGCCCCCCAAGCAGCUGCCCUCACCGCUUAUGGAUGCCAAACAAUAUACGAUAUUGCAGCCGGCGGGCGUUGGCAGUCGAGCGGCAACAGUGCUGCAGGAUAUAGCGCGCGAGGGCGUUGUGGGCGUGCCGCUGGUGGCAACACCGCCAAGCACAACAACAGCAACAACAACAGCAGCCAGCACAGCAACAACAACAGCAACAGCAGCAGCAGCAGCUACAGCAGCAGCAACAGUUGCAGCUACACCAGCGCCGAGUUAUUCGCCGGGCAGUCAGCAUCGCGUGUUGGCGUUGCACGAACAGAUACUGAAAUGCCCUACACCCGGAUGCAACGGUCGUGGUCACGUACAGCCGCAUCGGAGCGUUCAUCGGAGCCUCUCCGGCUGCCCGAGGGCGAUCAGGCGCUCGGGAAGUCGACGACCGUCGGGAGCAGCAGCAGCAGCUGUUCCUGGAGAACUGGAGAAGCAUGAGAAGGAGCUGCAUCCGCUGGACAAACUCAAAAUCACCUCCAGUCACUUUCUGAACAACAACAACAGCAGCUGCAUCAACAACAACAACAGCAACAGCAAUAAUAAUAACAACAAUAACAAUAAUAAAACGAUGCCCAUUAUUAAAUCCGAGUACAGUCCCGUCGCCAGCAUCAAAUCCGAGUACAACAAAAGUCCGAUGCACUCGUAUUUGGCGAAUGAUGCCGCAACGGCAGCAGCAAGUGCAAUACCCGCCGGCAGCGCACGCGGCAGCAACACCAAUGCCAACAACAACAACAACAACAGCAAUGUGGCCAGCAGCAAUGCCAGCGAGCCGCAUUUAAGUCGCUUUGUUGGCCUGCACAGUCCACAUGCCCACCACCAACAGCAACAGCAGCAACAGCAGCAGUUGCAGCCGCAGCAGCAACAGCAGCAGCAACAGCAGCAGCUGCAGCCGCAGCAACAGCAACAUACAUUGCAUCAGCAACGUGGUCCUUUUAUUGAGGGCAAUGCGGUUGAUGCCACAGAUCCAGCCAGCUACCAUGCGGAGCAUCAGCAACAGCAGCAACAGCAACAGCAGCAACAGGCAGAUGAACGACAGCAGCAAUAUGAGCAAAUGCGUUACGCCCAAAGUCAUGGGCAUGGUCUGACAGCCAGCGAUGCUGCUGCCGACAAUGGCAGCAGCAGCGAACUUUCACCCGUUACCGCACGCAGCGCUUAUGAUUCACAUCCGCAUCCGCAUCCGCAUCCACAUCCGCUGCCGCCCACUUCACUCAGUUCAGCGGUGGCGCCUGUCUUCGCUGUGGGCGUUGGUUUGGGCGUGGCAGACAGUGUUGCUGCCGGCGCGACGGGCUUUGAGCGUUACGAUCCCAAUUGCUGUCCGAGCGGCGGCGGCGGCGGACAGCGACAGGCAUCGGCUGCCACCGCCAAUAUGUAUCAUUAUCUGCCGCAGAGUGCGGAUGAUUUGCAGGUGCAACAGCAGAAAUAUUUGCAGGAGCAACAGUUGCUGAUGGCCAAGGCCGAGCAUGAGGAGCUGGCGAGUGGUGGUGGCCCAAUUUAUCCACGUCCCAUGUAUCAUUAUGAUCCGACAAUGGGACCACUUCCGCCGGGCUUUUCCGCCAUCAAUUUGUCCGUCAAAAUGGCGGCAGCACAAGCGGCCGCAGCAGCAGCUGCCUAUCAAAAUCAGCAGCAACAACAGCAGCAGCAGCAACAGCAACAACAGCAGCAGCAGCAGCAGCAACAACAGCAGCAACAUCACCAGCAACAGCAGCAACAACAACAGCAGCAACAACAACAGCAGCAGCAACAACACAGCAAACAAAGCAGCUCGCCCACGCCAAAUGUGGGCGUGGCAGCGCCAGCUGUUGACCUGUCCGGCGCCACAUCGGUGACCUCAUCGAGCCCGCACGGUUUCAACUCGCCAGCCUCGCACAACCAAUACAACAACCAGCGCAUGGGCAACGGCAGUCCACAGCCGGGCGCCAGUCCCAACAUUGCCAGCCCCCAAGUGCCCAGUCCGCAGGGUCAGACGCUGGACUUGAGCGUUACACGUUUGCCGCACAGCAUCAUCACGAGUCCGCAGUACGGAGCCGACGGCCUUGUCGUGGGUCACGGCCAGGGCUUUGGUAGUGCUGCGCCCGGUUCAAUUGGACCAAACGGACCGCCUCGCUCACCGCAAAUGGAACCGGUGGACUUUAGUGGACCACCGCGUCCACUUGGCUUCGGACUGGUGGGUCACAUAAGCGGCCCAAGACCCUACAGUCGCGAGUCUACGCCAGACAGCGGCGGCUCUCACUACAUUGAAACGUAUCGGGAUCCAAGUGGUUACUCACCUCAUCCUGGUUAUGGCAUGGUAGUGCAAUCGGACUAUCCACCAGCUGGUUAUCAUGGCUAUGGCCCCGCGGCCUAUCAAUGCAGCAAUCCGUAUGCCACAGCCGUUGGACCCGGCGGCUAUCCGACACCCGUCUCCGGCGGCUAUUCGCCCAGUCCGGCCACCUGCUACUCGAUGCCACCGCCGCAGCACAUACCGCAGCACGACAAGACCAAAGAUGGCUUGACGGGCUGUUCGCGCUCGGAUCGCAAUCAUCUGCAAUCGCAUUCCCAGGAGCUAAAGUGUCCGACGCCCGGAUGCGAUGGAUCUGGACAUGUCACCGGUAACUACUCAUCGCAUCGCAGCCUCUCCGGCUGUCCGCGGGCCAACAAACCAAAGAGCAAGCCACGUGAUGGACAGGAUUCGGAACCGCUGCGUUGUCCCAUACCAGGAUGCGAUGGUUCCGGCCACUCCACGGGCAAAUUCCUCUCACACAGAAGUGCAUCCGGCUGUCCCAUUGCCAAUCGCAACAAGAUGCGUGUCCUCGAGGCCGGCGGCACCGUGGAACAACAUAAGGCUGCUGUGGCAGCUGCCACGGCCAUGAAAUUUGAUGCCUGUACUACAGUUGGCAGUCAGGGCAUCAAGAAACCCAAAUUCGAUGAAGUUACCAUGGUUUAUCCCAAGGGCUAUACAGGUGGCGGCGGUUUGGAUAUUGUUAUGAGCGGCGUUGGCGUUGGCGUCGGCGUUGGCGUCCCUCUGCCACCUGGCAUUAAUAACAGCAGCAGCAGCAGCAGCCUUGGCGUUAACAGCAGCAGCAUUAACAGCGACAAAACAGCGACUGGUAAUGUUAAUGUUGCCGGCGGCGGCGGCAGCGAUGAUCUCAAUACACUCGAGGCCGAAAUAUCAGAACUGCAGCGUGAAAAUGCACGUGUCGAAUCGCAAAUGAUGCGUUUAAAGUCGGAUAUCAAUGCCAUGGAGUCGCAGUUGAGCACCAGCGAUCGGGAGGCUUCUCCAUUGAGCGCACAUCAGCAACAGCAACAACAACAGCAGCAACAACAGCAGCAACAACAACGCGUUGUUGGAGUCACUGCAUCCUCGUUGGCCUCGCCCAGCGGCCAAUCACCCUUCGCCGGCGUCUCCUCCACCACAUCGGCCAUUGGCAGCGGCAGCAGCAGCGCCGAUCUGGUGCCCAGUGGCAUGCAACAUGUGACGGACGGUGGUACGGCUGUUGGUGGUACCGCACCGCCCAAUGCCAAUCUGAACAAUUAUUAUGAGAGCUUGCGCAACAAUGUCAUCACACUGUUGGAGCAUGUGCGUCUGCCACCGCCACCGCCGCCACCACCGCCAUCAGCAUCCGCAGCACCGUCUUCAGUGGUCGGCGGUGGUUUACACUCCGCCAUGGACAAUGGCUGUACCCCGUUGGGUGGUGGUCAGUUGAGUGGGGAGCAUCAUGCGACAGCGGCUGCUGCAUAUUCCAGCUUGUUGCCACCACCGCCACCGCCACCGCCACCGCCCUCAACGGUAGCCGGUACGGCCAUGUACGGUCAUCAGGGUGCUGGUACAGUUGCCGCCUGUGCACCACCGCCGCUACCGCCACCGCAUGCCGCACAUCACGCCUAUACGGUGCAUCAUCCGGGCGGUUAUCCGCACGCGCCACAUCAUCCGCAUCAUGCGCAUCCUCACGAGCACUUCGACUCGUACAUCUCGAAGCUGCAGUCCCUAUGCGUACCGCCCGAUGUCUAUGCACUGCCCGAGGAUGCCGGCAGACCGGUCUACAACUCGGUAAAGCCGAGCAUGCACCAGGACUACGGCAAGCUUAUGCCCACGCCCAUUUAA